UCUUAUCCUCGCGCGCCUCUUUCUUCGCCACCUCCGACGCCGAGCGAGCCCGAGAGAGCAGAGCAGAGCAGAGCAUCCAAGAAACGCUCGGCGCCAUGGCCAUGGCUUCCACCGCCCUCUCCUCGGCCGUCUGGCCCCUCCACAGCAAGCCCGCCGCCUCCUCCCUGACCCGAGCACACUCGUUCUUCCCCGUCCACGGCCGCCGCCGCUCCGUCGCCGUCGCGUGCACCUCCACGGCCACUGCCUCCCCGAAGGUGCUGGAGCUGGGGGACGCCAUCGCGGGGCUGACCCUGGAGGAGGCGCGCGGGCUGGUGGACCACCUGCAGGAGCGCCUGGGCGUGUCGGCGGCCUCGUUCGCGCCCGCCGCCGCCGUGGCCGCUCCGGCCGGGCCGGCGGCCGAGGCGGAGGCGCCCGCGGAGCAGACGGAGUUCGACGUGGUGAUCCAGGAGGUGCCGAGCAGCGCCCGCAUCGCGACCAUCAAGGUGGUGCGCGCGCUGACCAACCUGGCGCUCAAGGACGCCAAGGACCUCAUCGAGGGCCUCCCCAAGAAGCUCAAGGAGGCCGUCGGCAAGGACGAGGCCGAGGACGCCAAGAAGCAGCUCGAGGCCGUCGGCGCCAAGGUCACCGUCGCCUGACCUUGACGGCGUUGCCGCUACACUGCUACUAGGAGUUCCAGAAUUUUACCAGAAUUUUCCUUGUCGAAAAGACAUUUCUCUUGUGUAAUUGUAUCCGGCCAGUAGCAAGAUCUUGCGUCCUUUGUAUACUCUGUAUCUUAAUACAGUACUACUCUGUUUUUUUGCCUUCA